AUGCCCAGAAUGAGAGGUCUGGAGUUGCCCUCCAAAAAGAGACAUAUCACUUAUUCCAGAAGCAAAGGAGGAAUGGACAUAGACAUAGUUUCCCACUGGGCCUCGGCCUCUUGGCCACCCCUCUUCUUUUUGCUCCUUCUGGCUGGAAGGAGUGGCCGAGGCUGCCCAGCAGCAUGUGACUGUGACUCCCAACCCCAAGCAGUAAUCUGUGCCAGCCGCCUGCUGGAGGCUGUGCCCGGAGGAAUCCCACCAGACACUGAGCUCUUGGACUUGAGUAGGAACCGCCUAUGGGGCCUUCAGAGGGGAAUGCUCUCACGCUUGGGACCACUCCUUGAAUUGGAUCUCAGUUACAAUCAGCUUUCUACCCUAGAACCUGGAGCCUUCCAGGGUCUCCGAAACCUCCUUACUCUGCGGCUGCGGGGUAACAGGCUCCGAAUUGUGGCUCCUGGAGUAUUCUCUGGCCUAACCUCCCUAACCCUAUUGGACCUCAGUCUGAACCAGAUAGUCCUCUUCCUGGAUGGUGCCUUUGGAGGGUUAAGCAGCCUUCAGCAGUUGGAAGUGGGGGACAACCAUCUGGUGUUUGUGGCCCCAGGGGCCUUUGUGGGACUGGCAAAGCUAAGCACCCUUACCCUAGAACGAUGUAACCUGAGCACUGUGCCUGGACCUGCUCUGGCACGACUUCCAGGGCUGACAGGGCUAAGACUACGGGAGCUGGACAUUGGUCGGCUGCCUACUGGGACUCUAAGAGGACUGAGACAGCUCCGGGAGUUAGAGAUCCACCAAUGGCCCUCCCUGAGAGCCCUGGAACCUGGGAGCCUGGCUGGGCUCAAUCUCAGUAGUCUAGCCAUCACAUAUUGCAACCUGAGUUCUGUUCCCUUCCAAGCCCUCAGCCAUCUGAGCUUCCUCAGGGUUCUGGACCUAUCUCAGAACCCCAUCUCAAACAUCCCAGCCCGGAAACUAAGUUUUUUGGUUCGACUCCAGGAGCUCCACCUGACAGGAGCCCACCUCUCCUCUAUUGCUGCCCAUGCUUUCCAUGGUUUGGCUGCUUUCUGCCUCCUAGAUGUGGCUGACAAUGCCCUUCAGACUCUGGAAGAAGCUGCUUUCCCCUCCCCAAGCAGUCUAGUCACCCUGCGGCUGGCUGGUAAUCCCCUGAUCUGUGACUGUCGGCUUCUUUGGCUACUUCGGCUUCGUCACCAUCUAGAUUUUGGCAAAUCCCCCCCAGCCUGUGCCAGCCCACUCCAUGUCAGGGGGAAGAACCUGCGGGACUUCUCAGACAUCUUGCCCCCAGGGCACUUCACUUGCCGGGCAGCCCUGAUUCAGAGAUCCGGGCCACGGAGAGUCAGCGCAGAGGAGGGGCAGCAGGCUGUCUUCUCUUGCUCUGGGGAUGGAGACCCAGCUCCUACUGUCUCAUGGCGAGGCCCUCGGGGGACUUGGCUGGGCAGCACUGGACGAGUAAGAGUCUUGGAGGAUGGGACCCUGGAGAUCCGGUCAGUACAGCUUCGAGAUGGGGGUGCUUAUGUUUGUGUGCUCAGCAAUGUGGCUGGGAAUGAUUCACUGAGCACCUGGUUAGAGGUGAUCCGGAUUGAGCCACCAAAUGGGACUCUGUCUGACACCAAUGGAACCACUCUGGGAACCCCAGGGCCCUUCUUCCUAGACAGCAGGGGCCUGGUUGUGGUGUUAGCUGUUGGCUUCCUUCCCUUCCUCACCUCUGUAACCCUCUGUUUCGGCCUCAUUGCCCUAUGGAGCAAAAGCAAGGGACGGGUCAAACAUCACACAACCUUCGACUUUGUGCUUCCUCGGUCUUCGGGGGAAGGGGGUGCUGGAGGCAACCGAGUCACUGCCAAACUCUUCUGA